GCAAUAGCUUUCCGGUUCAAGGUAUCCAAGCUUUCUCAUCAACACCUGUUGGACGUUCUUUAUACAAAAUUGGGUCAAGCAAAUCUUUAGAGCAUAAAUAAUCCUCAAUACGAAUUUUCCAAAUUGAAUAAUUCGUAGAGUCCAAACUAACCAUUCCUUGAACAAUUACUUUGUCAUCCAUCAUAAACAACACAAGAAGCCAACCAAUAAAUAACCAGGCUCUGAUACCACUUUGUUGGGGAAGCACGGAACAAAACACAACGGAAGCGUAUAAAAUCUUUUCCCCAAAUUAAUGAGAUGAACAACAAAGCACAAUAUACUCCAAAAAUCAGCACCACCACCACAAAUAGAUAGCAACGGAAAUAAGAUAAAGAACACACGAUUUACGUGGAAACCCCAAAUCGGGGAGAAAACCACGGCCGCUCAACAACGGCACCCAAACUUCCACUAAUCACCAAGAACCAAGUGGGUACAACAAGUUCUCCUCUCUAGUAAACACUAGAGGCAUACACAAUCAUCAAGGAGCAACCUUGGAACAACAACAAUCAACAAUUCAACAUAAAAUGGAGUAAAAACUCCCAAAAACGCAGGUCUGAAAAUGCAGCUAGAAAACAGCCUUCUGGGCAUCAAAAUGAGAAUCUGACCGUUAGAUUUGAAGAGGAGUAUGUGAGGAACAACAUACUAAAAUUUGAGCACGAUCCGACUUUGUUUGGCCUUCGAUCCGGAGGUGAAAAGUUGCUGCUGUAGAGAGUGGCGGAAAUCUUCUUUUUCUUCCUCUUUCCAGCGUUUAGCUACUGCCAGCCCUCACUUCUUCCUUUUUUUUCUCCCUUAUCUUCUCUCUUUUUUCUUUAGUUAGUAGCCACACACAACACAAGAGAAUGGGCCACUAAAAAAACAAUUGGGCUAAAACUUUACACACAAAAAUAAGCCCAAAUAUAAGAGAGAGAUUUAAAAUGUUGUCCAAUUAAAAUUGGACACUUCCUCCAUGUAGGAGGGAUAUUUCCCAACACUGGGCAGUUUCACAUAAGUUCAAAAACUGUGCAAAGAUUAUGAGCACAAGCUAAGGAAUAAAUCAAAAAAGGGAAAACAAAAUUAUAUAUUAAUAACCUAUAUGUUAAAACAAAUCAAACAAGAUCACACAUGACUAAGUCAAAGUGCUUAGAUGAACACUUCCAAAAUUCAAAAGUGGACGAAUAUAGCGGGAUGGAACGAGUAUUAUACUUUUCUUCCUUCUCCCACACCGGCAAAUCUCGAAACCAAAACGUUGUAUAUUUACGGGAGGCUCCCAACAUAGAGUGUCCCUUCGGGGACAUCCGAUAAAAUUGGAACGAUACAGAGAAGAUUAGCAUGGCCCCUGCGCAAGGAUGACACGCACAAAUCGAGAAAUGGUCCAAAUUUCUUUUCGCCUGAUUUUUUUUCAUACGACCUUGAAUUUAGGUUUACGAUUUCUGAGUUUUUUUUGGAAACGCCAUAUUUCAUUUCUGAUUCAUUGAUGCUUUGUGUUGGGCUGCUUAACUGAUUCUCAGAGCGUAUAAGCUGUAGCAGAUGAGCAUCCCCACCAACCCGUAUCGUCGUCUAUUGUUUGCUUCCACUCAUUAAGUGCCGAUCGCGCGAUCCAAUCAAUGCUAGCUGCCAGGAAAUUCUCCAGGUGGAGGAGAUCUUCUGCCUGCCGUGUGUGCGCUAAUGGCAUUUCACCUGAGGCACAACUCCAUAAUUCCACCAGUGAACAACAAGAGAAGCAUUUGCCUUUAAGCCAUACGAAGAAGGGGGGCAAAUGUGGACAUAUAAACCACAGUGUCUCACUCAAUCCCGUCUUCAACAGAGAAUCUAAUGCCAUUGGAGCAACACUUGAUUCUUUUAAUUCGGUACAUCAUCGUUAUAGCACCUGUUCCUAUCAUAGCUAUGGCCUGAUCAAGGUGCUGGGGAAUAUCCCUGAGUUUGUGAGAAUUGUGGAGGUGGGCCCAAGAGACGGGUUGCAAAAUGAGAAGAAGAUCGUACCAACGAGUUCCAAGGUUGAACUAAUAAAAAUGCUUGUGUCUGCUGGACUUUCAGUUGUGGAGGCUACUAGUUUUGUGUCACCAAAGUGGGUACCACAGCUUGCAGAUGCAAAGGAUGUAAUUCAAGCAGUUCAAAGAAUCCAAGGUGUGCGAUUUCCAGUAUUGACACCAAACCUUAAAGGUUUUGAGGCUGCUUUUUCAAGUGGAGCCAAAGAAGUUGCAGUAUUUGCUGCUGCUUCUGAGUCAUUUUCUCAGGCAAACAUAAACUGUAGCAUUGAAGAGAGUCUCACCCGUUAUCGUGAUGUUGCUCUUGCAGCCAAGAGUCAUUCCAUUCCUAUUCGUGGAUAUAUUUCAUGCGUCGUGGGUUGCCCAGUGGAAGGGGCAGUAGAUCCUUCAAAAGUAGCAUAUGUUGCUGAAGAGCUUUUAGAUAUGGGUUGCUUUGAAAUUUCCCUUGGUGAUACAAUUGGGGUUGGUACUCCAGGAACGGUCAUUCCAAUGCUUGAUGCAGUUAGUGAUGUUGUUCCUGUGGAGAAGCUUGCUGUCCAUUUUCACGAUACGUAUGGCCAAGCUCUGUCCAACAUACUCGUGGCACUGCAGAUGGGAAUAAGCACGGUGGAUUCAUCGGUAUCAGGGCUUGGGGGUUGCCCAUAUGCCAAAGGUGCAUCGGGAAAUGUGGCGACGGAAGAUGUUGUGUAUAUGCUGGAUGGACUGGGUGUGAGGACAAAUGUCGACAUCCAUAAGCUUAUGCUGGCUGGGGAAUUCAUCUGCGGACUUUUGGGCCGACCUUUGGGUUCUAAGACGGCAAUUGCCGUGACGAAACGCGCCUCAUUUCCUACUUCCAAACUUUAGAGGUACACUUCUGUGGGCAUAUAUCUUAUUGAACUUCUUUCCCGGCAUGCCAAAUUAUGAUGUACUCCAAAUACCACUUUGAGAAGAACAUGCUCAAUAGGGAGUAUAAUUUAAUGGGGUUUGAAUCCCCCCCCCCCCCAAACACUAUGAGGGAAUUUGUUUGUGCUGACCCACAAUAAUUUUCACAUUUCUUGUCAUGUAUAGAUAAUUAAUCUUGCUAUAUUCUUUCACUUUGGUUAUUUUGACAACAAAGCAUAAUGCCGUAU